CCCAUACUUGCAUAUAACCCACACACUCCUGCAUAUACUACCCACACACUCGCCUCUCAGGUAUGUUGAUUGAGAGUAUGGCGGGCAAGAGUGGUGCGGCACACGGACUGUGCUAUGACUCGACCCCGUUCCAAUUCAGUGAACAGAACACCGCGUACGAUUUUAUGGGCGACCAACUGAGGAAGGCUGGGUACAACUACCACGGCUCAGAGCGGAUGUACAGUGGUAUUUCAGGGGUGGAGUUGGAUGUCGAUAUCUUCAUCGGCGUUGUAUACUACCAGCGAUUACGUCAUAUGGUGUCCGAUAAAUUCCAGGGUAUGUGAUUCCUUUUCUGCUGCACGCAG